CCUCCAUUAAUAUUGUGUGUAAACAUUAACUCGACCCUGUUAAAUUUAAUAUUGUGAAGUACACCGCAACACUACUGAUUCUCACUGGACUAGAUUAGAAUGGAACAACUUGUUCCGAGUGGAAACGAUUCAAAUUCUGAAGAAAGUAAUACAAACAACGACGACUUAAAGGACGGUGCAUGUUCUACUUUCGGUUUCAAUGACAGUUCAUGGAAAACCGACUUUAAUCUUAUUGUUGAAGGAAAAACUCUCCACGUGUCAAAGGUUGUUUUGGCACUCGCUUCACCCGUAUUUGACAGGAUGUUUCAGUCCGACUUCAAAGAAAGUAAAAGUUCGGAAUUAGAACUGCCAGGAAAGAAAUUGGAAGAUGUAGAAGAAUUCCUACAGUGUAUCUACCCUAGUUCAUUAGCGACAGUUACAUGCGAAAAGGCUUUGCAAAUUCUCCCAUUAAUUGAAGAAUACCAAGUUUCACAACUUAAACCAAGAUGUGAAGAGGUUUUGUUGGAACACGUCAAUGGAGAAACUUCGACAGAAAAUCUGUUCAGAGUAUUGAAUGAAGCUUGCUGUUACGACCUUAAACAAUUACAAAAUAAAUGUAUCGACCUGGCAUCGGAAAAACCUAGAAAGGAACUUGUGGAAUCAAACGAAAAAUACACUAUCCCGCCAGAUGUUCUGAACAAAAUACUUCUAAAAGUCGUUGGAAAAUUUGAAGAAGUAGUUAAUAAAAUGGAAAAGAUAAAUGAAGAUUUGUUCUCAGAGCUGGAGACAUUGGGUACUUGGAAAAGCUAUUUGUCUAAUGCAGUCACGAAAGCAGAUAGUUUGAGUCUUAAUGGUGAUUUCAAAUGGAAAGGCAAAAUAGUCAAACUGGAAGUUCCUGUUAAAAAGAAUAAAGCAGCAGAAGAAGAAGUUUUGAUUUCUGAUUUUCCAUUAAAAGUCUCUGUAGCAAUAACACAAGGCUAUACGCAAGGCGGUGGUUGGGAGGAAUGGCUGAUUAGUAAUACCUCUUUUUCAUUUCUUGUUUAUCAGCGCGACAAUGCACGUUGUAGUAUAAAGCUGGUUUAUGUGAUUGAAAACAGGUAUAUGAAUAAGAAAAGUGUAAUUGUAAAAUCAGACCAAACGUUCCAGUUACUAUAUCAAAGAGCUCGUAAUAAUGGUUCAAAUAACAAAACAGAACAAAUUAUAAAAUAUUGUGAAAUAGAAGAUGAGAGCAAAGGCUUCCUGAUUGAUGGAAUAGUGAAAGUUGUAGUACAUAUUUUUCUGGCUAAACACAAAAUUUAAAUGUAUUCAUUUGCAUUACGGUACCUGACUGUGAAGAUUUUUAUGCCCCCGGCAUCUACUGAUGCGGGAGGCAUAUAGUGAUUGUCCUGUCCGUUCGUUCGUCCGUACGAGGUUAACCAAAUGGGACCGUUUCGUCUAGCAUCAAUACCCCUUACUAGAAUGACUUGAUACUAAUGCAGAUGUAACCUGUGACCAUUCCUCAUCUUCAGACAUCACCUGACCUCAGUUUGACCUUGAACUUGACCUCGUUUUGGACUUAGGUUGCUUUGUAUUGACAAGGAUGCCACCGGGUGCAUCAAGCGUUUAUUGAACGCAGGUUCUUGUUCGAUCUGUUUCGAAUUAGCACCAAUUUGUUUAUGUUUAACUUUCGGCGGUCAACAUGGUCAAGGGAAGGUAGUUGGACAUGUUCUUUUAUAUAUAUAGUUUCUGGGACAUGUAGAAAGACUAUCGUAUUUUAUAUCUUUUGCUGUCCAAAGUUUGAAACUGUUUCAAAAUAAAUAUGUAAAUCGA